AUGUUCAACUCAAACCAAACAACAACAACAACAACAACAACACCAGUCAGACGAAACAACAGAAACUCAACCAUCGGACUCAACUCACAACAACAGCAACAACAACAACACUCACUACCACAACUACCAUCAACAACAAACCAACAACAACAACAACAACAACCAUACUACAACCACCACCACCAACAUCAACACUCAGAAUCACUCGACUACUCAUCAGCAGAACACCUACCCAACCUCAAAUCAUCAACUCACUCAUCAGAACACCACCACCAACAACAACAACAACAACUCACUAACAGACAUGUCACCAGCUCACCCAAACUGCCCAAAUCAGAACCACUCCAACUACGAUCUUACUCCGGAGUACUCGAAAUCAGGAUGCCAAACGAACCACAGCAACAACAACUUCCCAGGAACAGUCUCAACAACAAAUCAGUCCUCCAUCAAUCAUCCAAUCUCAGCCUAGAUAAACACCAUCGAUCCGGGAACCCAUUGAUCAGCUCAACCGGUUCCACUCUCAAGCCACGCCGUCGGCCACCACGAGUAUACGAGACCCAUCCAGGAAACCUAGUCUUCUGCUGUAGAGGGAGACUCAUCAGCUCCAAGCCAAGCCAUUCGAUCCCCUUGACGCGUCGCCGAAGGCCCAAGAAUCGCAGGAGGAUCGAAGAAGAGGGAAGUCGAGUAGAGGACAGAGCAGGAGAAGAGGUCGAGGAGGCAGAAGGAGAGGGAGAGAGCGAAGGACGCCGACUGUAUCUGCCCCUCCAGACCCUCGCCUCCGUCGCCCUCCUCCUCGCCAUCCCCAUCCUCUUCCUCUACUCCACCGCACCCACCCUGAUCCACCGCUCCGGAUUCGGCAUCUUCCUGGUCGCCCUGUUCUGUUAUCUCUGGAUGCUCACCCUGAGCUCGAUGGCCAAGACGGUCUCCUCGGACCCUGGGAUCCUGCCCAGAGGCCUAGAUCCUAACCCAGAGAUGGUCUGGAAACCCGCCCCGAUCGAUCCCCCUGCUUCCAACGAUCUCCCCAAUCCCAAUCUUCAAUCACUCUCUCAACAACAACACCCAGGAGGAGGAGGAGAGAAAGCAUUCGAAUACGAUCAGGUCGGCGAAUGGGAACUGCUCCCCCGAUGGAUCAAAGUCGAAAGUAAACAGCUCAAUCCUUCCUCAUCUAAUAAACCGAUCCCUCUCGACUUCCUUCCCGAUGAGGACGUCGGAUGGAUCCAAUCUAAAUGGUGCUCGACUUGCGAAUCUUAUCGGCCCCCGAGAUCCUCUCACUGUCGGAUGUGUGACUGUUGUAUCGAUGGUAUCGACCAUCAUUGUUCUUACCUCAACGAACUACCGAUCGUUCUUCACCUUCUUGAUGACGAGUGUGAUGAGUCUAAUGAUGAUCAUUGGCUGUUCGAUAUGGAAGUUAUUCUUCGAACUCGACAGACAACAACAAGACUCGAAUGGAGGAGAGGGAUCGAAUAA